AUGAUGCGCCUUGCGCUAUUCUGCCUGGGCGUCGCGUCGGCCUUCCACCUCCCAGCGCCGCACCGCGCCCUCGAAACGCGGAGACAUGCCGCCUCCAUCUCGGAAAAACUCGGUGAAGUCCAGCGCGUGGACACGACCAUGGACCCGAUCAAGCGCAACAUCGAGCGGUUCACGACGGGCAUCGAGGCCGUGGACGAGGACAUGGACCAGUUCGAACCGAUCAAGUCGACGCAGGCGGCGAUCCUCAACACGGCCGUCGCCUGGGCGGCGGUGAUGGCGCUCGCGCCGACGUCGAUCGUGCCGCUCCACCUCGCGACGACGUCUAUUGUCGCGGGCACGUGCGUCACGGACGCCAUCGGGUCCUACGAGGAGUGGCAGUGCUCCACGGCGCGCGCCAACGCCCGCGAGAUCGCGGCCAUCUCGACGCGGGCGGCCGCCGAGGCCGAGGAGAUCGUGUGCGGCGCGGUGCGCGUCAAGAGCCUGCUCCCGGUCUGCGUCCUCGUGAGCGUCGCGGCGCUGAACCUGUCGCUGCUGACGGACAAGGCCCUCGAGCUCGCGGUCCCCGAGGAGGGCGAGUCGGCGAGCAUCGCGUCCUACGCGUCGCCGGGGCUCGCGAAGGUGAUGAGCUGGACCCUGCCGACGCUCCCGGAGCCCGGGAGCGCCGCGCCGGCGGCCGCGGACGGCGCGGCCGCGGCGGCCCCCGCCGCGGCGACGCUGCCGGGCUGGCAGCUCCUCUUCGGCAGCCCCGCGCGCCCGGAUCUGGCCUCGCCCAUGGAGAGCGCGCCCAUGGAAAGGGAAGUCGCGGCCUCCGUGAAGACGCUGAUCCUGCUGGCGUGCCCCGUCGUCUCCCUGCUGACGGCGUCCGUGGCCGUGCUCGCGGAGCAGGACGCGUCGCGGCGCGCGCUCCGCGCGCAGGCGCUCGGCCGGCGCCGAUUCGCGACGAAGGCGGACAUCGGCCGCACGUGGAAGUCGGUCACGGAGAUCGUCGAGAUCGAGUCCAAGGCCGACACCGACGCCUGGACGGGCUUCGUCCGCGCCUUCCUGCCCGCGCCGCUCAUCGCGGGCGCCGUCGCGAGCCUCAGCGAGUCGUCGGGCCAGGACGCGGCCGUGCUCGCGUCGAUCGUCGCGACGGCCUGGGGGGGCUUCCAGGUCGCCGUGAGCUUCGUCGCCUGCGAGUACAACUUGGCGCGGGGCGAGGAGAGCGUCGCGGCCAAGAGCCGCAACGCGGGCAUCGCCGAGGCCUACAGCGCGCAGGCGGGCAAGGCGAACGCGCAGGUGCCCUACGCGCACGCCAUCUCCGUGCUCUGCGUGGGCACCGCCGCGCUCCUCGUCGAGGCCGUGCCGAAGAUCCUGGCGCUGCCCCUGCCCUUCAUCUCCUACGCGGCCGUCCGCCGCGCGGCCAAGUACCGGUCCCGCACGCGCGGCGACGCGGCCGCGGUCGCGGCGUCGGCCGACCAGCUCGCGGGCCUCCAGGACGGCUCCGACGACGACCCGCUCCUGCCCCUGAAGCUCACGUGGCAGAACUUCCGCGGGACCGUCAGCGCGACGAAGAAACAAAUGGUGUUUCGCGUGCUCGUCGGCGCUCUCGCCGCGGUCGGUUGCGUCUUCGGGGGGUCCCCCGCGGCCGUCGCCGGGCGCGGGGGCGCGCCCGCGGCGCCGGCGCUCCGGUCGCUCGGCGUCAAGGUCCUCGCCCAGCGGCGCGAGCCCGAACUGCGGCGCCUGCUCGCGUCCCUCGACGCGGCGGACUAUCCCGACGCGGCGGACAUCUCCGUGGAGAUCUUCGUACUCAAGACGGCCCGCGCCUGGGCGUCGACGUGGCCCCGCGGCGAGGCGAUCGUCGUCGACGUCGAGGAGAACCGCGGCGUUCGAGGCGCGUGGUUGGCGGCGUACGACCCGUCGGUCUUCGGCGACGAGGGGCGGCGCGCGGUCGUCUUCGAGGACGACGUCGUCGCGUCGCCGGCGUGGUUCCGCUUCCUCACCGACGCCGUGGCGGCGUCGCGCGGCGCGCCGGGCGUCGCGGGCGUGUCGCUCCAGCGCCAGCGGAGCCGCCUCGACGGUACGGCGCGCGAGCUCGGCGACGCGGCCGCGGCCCAAAACAAGCUCGCGCCCCUGGCGCCCGCGGACGACGGCCUCUACGUCUUCGGCCACGUCGGGCCCUGGGGCUUCUCGCCGGAGCCGGGCGUCUGGCUCGCGUUCCGCAAGUGGUUCCGCAAACUAGGGAACGCCGUCGACGACGAGAAGUCGUACUCGGCCGGCGCGGACGGCACGCCCUACGCGGAGCGCGACGCGCGGACCUACCGCGAGUCCCUCGUCGCGCGCUGGUACCGGCGGUCCCUGGCCGCGGCGCGCGGCGACGCGCCGGCCGCCGCGGGCGCGCCCGGGAGCAUGUGGACGGCGCACUUCGACGCGUUCUGCGCCGCGCGCGGCCUCGGCGUCGUCCACGCGCGCGUCCGGGGCAACGCCCUCGCCUUCGCGGCGAGCGCGCGGUCCGACGGCGAGCACUACGCGGGCGUGAACCGCCUCGACGCGGAGCUGGCGGGAGCGGACGACUACGCGGCGGCGAUCCGCGGCGACCUCUUCGGCGACCGCGACGCGGGCCUCCCGCGCGUCACGCUCGCGGGCGACGCCGAAGCCCCGGCGAUGACGGCGGCCGCGGCGCGGCGCUACGCGGCCUGGUACGGGGGCUUCGCGUCGCGGGGCGCGAAAGCGCGCGCGGACCGGCGCCGCCUCGCGUUCGACGCGGGCGGCCUGCACCACGGCUACGCGGGCCUCCAGACGGUCGACCGCGACGCGGCGCUCUGCGUUUUAUCAAAUACGCGCGUCGCGAUCCUCGGCGAUUCGAUCCAGCGCUACUUCGCCUUCACGCUCAACUACUUCCUCAACACGGGCGAGAUCCCGCCGGAGUACGAGGGUGACCACUGGGGCCCCGAGCCGACGGACGACUACUACGACGACGGGACGACGUGGACCGACGACGGCACGGACCGGUCGCCGGAGAAGUCGUCGCACCGCCAGAAGAUUAGUGCGGCCUUCGAGGGCGGCGCGACGACGACCUUCUUCUUCAUCCAGGACACGUGGUACGGCGACCUCGAGACGCUGAGCGGCGAGCUCCGGGGCGGCUACGACGUCCUCCUGGCCAACAGCGGGUGGUGGGAGCUCAAGGCGUCGGACGACGACGGCACGGACUGCGAGGAGUCGGACAUGUACGAGAAGGGCGCGUGCCUCGACGCCUACGGCGACGAGGUCGCGGCGCUCUACGACGGCCUCCUGCGCCACUUCCAGGCGGACGGCAAGAUGGCCGUCUGGCGGACCUGCAACUGCUGCGGCGACACGAAGAUGGACGCGGGCGAGCUCCGCGAGGGGUCCAUCGCCGUCUCCGCGAUGAACGCCGUGGCGACCCAGGUCCUCAGCGACCGCGGCGUCGAGAUCAUGGACGUGCAGGACACGGCGGACCUCAGCGACGUCGGCGCGGGCGACCCGGGGGACCCGGACGGCCGCACCUUCGACGGCGGCCACCCGCGCGCGGCCGUGCAGUACGCCUGGGUCCAGCUCUUCCUCAACAAGGUCGCGCGGAAGCUCGGCCGCGAGUCCUGCCUCGCCGGCGGCGGCCCGGGCACGCCGAAGCCGACGCGCUCGCCGACGCCGCGGCCCACGCCCCGGCCGGGCGACACCCCUUCGCCGACGCCGGCGCCGACGCCGCGGCCGACGCGGGCGCCGAACCCCGCGCCGCCGCCGCGCGAGGACGACGACGAGGGCGGCUACGGGAACGACGGCAACGUGCGCGACGUGUCGACCUGCGGCUCCCUCGACGGCCCGGACGGCGUCGCCUACGCGCGCGACGGCCCGGAGCUGAGCGAGGUCCUCGGCGUCUGCCCCGCGCCCGGGCAGCGCGUCCUCCUCGCCGUCGCCGUCGCCGUGCUCGCCGCGGCGCUCGUCGCGGCCGCGCGGGCCCGCGUCGGGCGCGGGCCCGCGACGGGCGCGCCGCCGGCCGCGGAGAAGCGGGGCGACCCCAUCGACGUCGAGCUGUCGGGCGCGGCGCUCGCCGUGCUGCGGGACAUGGAGAAGCGCGAGGCGGCGACGGGGCGCAAUUCCGUGAGCGUGACCCACGCGAGCGCGUCGCGGCGCCACCGCGCGUCGCGGACGUCCGCGUCGCGCCUGUCGCACUACGUCGGCGGGCGGAAGAGCGCGUCGCAGUUCUCCGAGUACGCGCCGGCGACGGGCGGGCGCGACGGCCGCAUGUCGUCCGUCGCGUUCUCGCUCUACGACGGCGGCGACUCGGACGCCGACGAGUCCGAGGCCGGCGACGUCGAGGCCCGGGCCGAGGCGCCGCCGCCGCCGCCGCCGUCCGGCGCGAAGACGCGCGCCGCGUGCGCCGCCGCGGCGCAGAUGGGCCUCCUCCUCGCGGCCUGCGCGAUCGGCGACUCGCGCAUGCCCGCGGGGCUGCUGCCCGCGGGGACGACCGUGCGGACGGAGAACGUGGACCUCUGGACCUUCGUCAUGGCGUCGCUGGCCCUCGCGAGCGCCUGGCAGAUGCGGCCCCUCGAGGUCGACGGCGGCAAGGAGGCCGCGCUCUUCAUGAGCCGCGCGCAGGCGAACGAGUGGAAGGGCUGGAUGCAGGUCGCCUUCGUCGCGUACCACUACACGAACGCCCAGGACGUCUACGUGCCCAUCCGCUGGGCCGUGAGCGCCUACGUCUGGCUCACGGGCUUCGGCAACGGCGUCUACUUCUGGAGCUCCGCGGACUUUUCGCCGAAGCGCUUCGCGCAGCAGCUCUGGCGCAUGAACUUCCUCUGCGCGCUCCUCGCCAUGGCGACGAACACGGCGUGGAUCGACUACUACUUCGUCGCGCUCGCGACGGUCCACUUCGGGCUCAUCUUCCUGAGCCUGGGCGCCGCGCGGUUCGUCGGCGGCCGGUGCCUCGGCUGGGCGGCGCCGGAUCGCAAGGCGGGCCGCGAGGCGCGCGACGCGGAGAAGGCGCUGGGCGUGGUCUUCAUGGUCGUCCUCACGGUCGUGCUCUGGGUGCCGCCCCUGCUCCCGGGCGCGCAGCGCGACGGCGCGCGGGGGACGCCGUACUACUACGUCUUCGACUGGUGGCUCGCGAAGAUCUCCGACCACACGGCGGACUACUUCUGGUCCCGGACGCGCAUGGACUACCUGAGCUCCAUCCACGGCCUCCUCUUCGCCGCGGUCUACGCGCGCUUCCGCGACGCCUGGCCGGCCAUGGCCGCGGCGAAGAAGGGCGCGCUCGGCGUCUGCGCGGCCGCCGCGCUCGCCGUCGCCGUCUCCGUCGCGAAGCGGCCCGCGUACUGCUGCGACGGCGGCGCGGAGUACCGCAAGAUCAACGCCUACGUCGGGCCCCUGUGGAUCCCCGCCUACCUCCUCGCGCGGAACGCGACGCCCUGGCUCACGAACCACGUGGCGCGGCCCGUCGAGUGGAUCGGCAUGCACUCGCUCGAGUUCUACCUCCUCCAGUUCCACGUGCUCCUCACGCGCAAGUCCCAGCUCGUCCUCUACGUCAUCCCCAAGGAGUCCUGGGGCUACACGAACAUGGCCCUCGUCACGGGCAUCUACGUCGCCGUCUGCGUCAAGGCGCUCGAGCUCACGAACGGCCUCCGCGCGGUCGCGUGGCGCGCGGCGUCGCACCGCGUCGCCGCGGGCGCCGUCUGGACCGUCGCGGCCUACGCGACCUUCGAGGCCCACUUCGACGAGGCGGCCCACCCCUGCGACGGGGCCUCGUGGGCCGUCUGGGCCAUCUUCGCGCUCGCCGCGACCGCCGCGCUCGUCUUCUGGACGCUCGAGGCCUAG